AUGAGAGAUAGUGCUGAAAAAUCAUUAAUAAUAGAUGAUAUUAUCAAUGCCAAAGAAGAAAGAGAUCAUUUACAAAAGAAAUUGAUCGAUGACAAUCCUUCAAAUCAAUUUCAUAGAGGUCAUGUUCAAUACAAACUACCAGUAAGCAUUACAACUGACACUAAUCAACAAACAAUUCUAUGGUAUCGUCAGUCGGAUGUUCGACAAUGUACAAGCCUAAAGUUUAGAGUAGUCGAAAAAUAUACAAUUCCAUACAUUGGUAAGGAAGUUCAAGAUAGACUUAACAGUACAUGGUGUCCAAUUAAACAUAUUGUUAAACUACAGAUUGGAGUGCCCAUUCUCGAACAUUUUAUUAAACAAAACUCUGCUCAUCUCAAUCAUAUUUUAUCAACUGUUGAAAAGUUACAUAUUGGUUACGAAUCAAAGUUCAAACAUAUAAAAGAGACCUGUAUCAAAACCCUUGUGACCAUUACCCCCAAUCUUCGCUCGCUCAUUUUCCGUGGUGUAACACUUGAAUCUGCACACCUGACUGCAAUCUGUUCAAUUAAAUCGCUCAGAAAGGUAGAGAUUUCCCACACUUUAAAUAUCUUACCGGGUUUUCUCACUGUGUUAUGUAGCGGUUUGCCUUUACUCGAAAUAAUCAAAUCGACAGAUUUUAAAAUCAGUGAUGUCCCAAAGCCAUAUCGUUCAAAAAUUAAAAAGUUAGCAAGAGUUUACAUGGAGGAAACCGAUGAAACCUUGGAGUUUCCCAAUCUCCAACAAUGUCUGGUCACUCUCGGGGAUUUAGAAUAUCAUCAUCAACCAGAUCAUUGUAUAUUCAUUAACAAACUUAAAUCAAUCGUACUACCAGCAACACUAUCUCGAAUCAUCAUUCGCUCCGAUAAUUUGCCCAAUGCAAACAACUAUUUGAUUGAUAUUGGAUUUCAAUAUAUUAAAGAUGCUAUUCAUUCGAAAAAGUUUAACAAAGAAAUAAAAAAUCAACAAAUCUAUUACACAAUAAACUCAUUCGAUAAAUAUCUUCGAGAUUCACAUAAAUCAACUUAA